AUGCCUCCGAAAGACAAGUCCGCAUCUACAUCCACAUCCGCAUCCGCCGAUGAAAUCACCGGCCAGAGUGCUCUGCCUAUUACUCGGAUAAAGAAGAUCAUCCAGCUGGAUGAGGAUAUCGUACAAUGUUCGGGCAAUGCUACGUUUGUCAUCACAAUGGCUACAGAAAUGUUCAUUCAAUACCUCGCGCAACAAGGGCACAAUGUCGUCAAGUCCGAACGAAAACCGCGCAAAAUCAUUCAAUACAAAGAUCUAGCUACCGCCGUUUCGCGAAUCGACAACCUGGAGUUCCUCGCCGACGUGAUCCCCAAGACGACUACCUAUAAACAGUUCAAGGAGAAGAAGGCGAAGGAGGCCAGCAAAGACGCUCCAUUCGAAAAGGGACAGCGCACACUGAACGGCACAAUAUCGGCAAAAGCAAACGGGGAAGACGGUCAACAGGCGGCUGACAAGCCAUCAAUAAGCCCUCGAAUUCCUUCACUGAGCACAUUGAUGGUCGACCGGACAGUCGAAGCACAACCGGGGAAUAACGACCAAGACGUUGAGAUGGCGGAUCAGUGA